AGCCAGACAAAUUUAUUUGGAUUUUCUAUUUCGAGAACUAUGCUUUUCAAAGUUCUGCACCAAAAAUACCUAGGUAUGCAUAAAAAACUAUCGAAAGCGUAACAAUCAAUUAGAGAAUUGACCAUUUGUUGUCUGCUUUGUGCCAGAACAAUUUUUGAAUUAACAAGCAACAUCCGGAUGCAUCCUGUUUAACUUGAACAAAGGGCAAUCCCAAAGUAUAUAGGUAUGCAUGUACCCUCGCAUGGCAUCAACCGCUUGCAGAAAGGAAAGCUAACCAGAUUAACAAAACAAAGAAAGCACAAAUUUUAAGCAAGCAUAUUAUAUUAUAUGCAUUGAGAAAACUGCUGACCCAGUACGGAUAAUCAUAUACACCCUACCUUACCCUACCCUACCCUACGUCCGCUAAAUUGAAGUUAUCACGACUAAGAAAGCAAAAGGUUAUUACGAAAAGAUAGGGAAAAAAAGACAACCUGGAAAUAAGGCUGAAAAGAAAUCAAAAAUGGCCGCAAGAGACGGAACCGGCCGUGGCGGUCCUGCUACCCGUUCUAGAACUGCAGUACCAGCAGGACCAGCAGGACCAGCAGCUGACGCCGCUCCGGUACCGAAAGUAGAGUUGCCGAGAACCAGCAUAUUUAGUGUUGAACCGCAGAGGAACGGGAGGAUAUGGCAUGGCACUGCGAAACAAGGGCGUUGGCCUAAUAAGAGAAGGACAACGGGUUUCCCCGAGGGGUGGCAGGAUAACGAGCAGUUAGUACGGCAUUUGGAUGCUCUCGAAAUAAUCCAGGCUACCAGAACCAUGAUGGUAACCCCGAGCUGUCUAGACGUCACCCUGGGGCAGUUCCAGACAUACCUAGCACCCGUUAUUGCCGAAGACGUCAACAUCGUGUCAGCGUGCGAAGUAGCUCGCAUGGGAGAGGAGGUAUUUUGCUGUUCUGAGGAUAAGUUUAAUACCUGGCUGCGGGAUGAAUUCGACAAAAAAGACGAACUGAAGCGGACUCUGCAGGGCAUACUUCGGAAGCCGUACACCUUCUGGCCGAUAGACGCUUGUAACAAGGGCCCACAUCGCUGGGUGGUGGCUGUAAUCUACUUGAGGCAGAGCUGGGAAGCGACCGAGGACGUGGAAGAAACUUACGACAUGCUCCACGAAAUUGCCGUCAUAGACCCUCAGUCGCAUUUGGACGAGCAAAGAACGGCGGACAAUGUCGUACUUCCUAGAGUAAUUAGCAUCUUGGAGAUGCUAGGAGUUGAGAAUUACAAGGAAAUUAAACUGCCUAUCGACGUAUGGGUCCCUCCCUUGCAUGAACCCGACGAAGAGCGCGGAACCGCAGGCGGCACCUGGAGCUCUGGCCUGCGCGUCUUCAGCAUCAUCAGGGAGAUAAUCGACCGCAUGACGUGGUGCUACAGCAAGCGACCCAAGCGAUACGACCACGAAGCUCUGUGGGGGGAUCUCAGCGGCUAUUUCAAUCCCGACCGCGUGCGAACCGAGAUGAUGGGUCUAGCCGCCAUGGCCUGCCACAGGGUUCUCGGAUACAUAACACGAGUGGGAAUAGAGCCCAUCAGGCAUUAUUACUACGGAGAGCUCGAGGUACUUGUAAAGAGUCUGGAACCUGGAAAGCACCCGAGGCACUGGAAUUCAAGCGAUCCCGGGUAUGACGAGAAGAGCCAAUAUCGGCAGUGGUCUGAGGAGGAAAUCCAAGAACGUCUCGUGCAAGCUGGUCGUGUACGCGGCGAGGAUGGAAACGAAAGCCAAGUGGGUGGAUCGGACGAUGACGAAGAGGAUGACGAUGACCAGGGAGGCUAUGAUGAUGAUCAGGGCGGCGAUGAUGAUAAUCAGGGAGGUGGUGAUGGUGAUAAGGAUGGCGACGAUUCCACGGGAGUUGACCGGGGAGGCGAUGAUGGCCCCGACGAAGAUGACGACGGUAGUGGCGGCGAUGGAACGUUUGAUACUACCGGUACUGGUACUGGCGUUGGUGAUUCUACUCAGGAUCCCUCUGGAGAUACUACAGGUGAUGUAUCCGGGGAGACCACUGGGGAACCGUCCGGAGGGACUACGGAUGAUGCAGCCGGCCCCCUCUCACCAAUAAAAGAGCAGACGGAACCUUUCACGGACCAGCCCGGAGACACUUCUACCCCCGACCGUCCUAUCACGCAUGAAGAUACCCUAAGGGAGCGUGACGCGCUAGGGGAGACAUAUAGCAGCCCUGUUGUUCCACCCGGUUCCGCCAAAGAUUCCUCCGUCGUAAGCCCCCUAGAUGACGACGGCACGAUCAUAAAAGGCACAGGCCGGGGCAGAUCGGAUGGCGGCGGGACAAGGUACGUGCACUAUCACGGCACGCCGACUCCCGUGCCCCACGGUCAGGAUGUCCCCGGCCCGAGCUCUUCCACCGACCACGACGCGAGCGAGAGCAUCCCGCAGGACUCGCAACUUCCAGACUACGAGUCGUCGUCCGACAACUCCGACAUCGAGUUGGCUCGCAAGAGGAAGGCGGGCGAGACGCCGGGGCCCGAUAAAAAGAGAGCCAGGACGUAAAGAGAGGACGGAAGCGGAAAUGGGUUUCCCCGAGCUCUUGGAUGGGGAUUGACGUGAUCACGACGCCGAGUUCUACAGGUUAUUAUCGUUACUCCAGGUAUAGGAGCGAAUAAAGGGGAGGGAGGGAUUAGGCAUGAGCUCAGGUUGAUUCGAUUGAGCUUUUUUUUUAAAAAAAUGUAACUUUAGUUAUAUUCAACCCAGUACAUACAUAGGCGGAGCCAUGGAUGUUUCUAUUCGCCUCUUUUUGUUAUUUGCAAUCGAGGGAGUUGAGGUUUUUUUUUAGCAGGUAUUAGUUAUACCAAAUACGAAAGUUGAAAUAACUUCAACGUUGCUGACCCGCA